AUGGAAGCCGGAGGUGGCGGAGCCGAGGAGGAGCAGGUGAUGAGCGAGGUGCACCUGGGCUACUCGCCGCACUUCUCCGGCCUCCACAUCUCCCGCUUCAGCUUCUCCUCACGGCCAAUAGGGCCAUCUGGGGACAACGAUGGUGUUGGUGGCGGUGGGAGCGAGUUAGCCGCAGCAACGAGCGGUUCUUUUAGAAGUGACUGCCAUCUGCUCACCAUUCAGCAUGGUGUUACCAGCUCGCUUAAGAGCGUUGGGCUUCAGGUUUGGAAAGCGGCAUUACUAUUAGCUGACUUUGUUUUGCAUAAAAGAUUUUCAUCGUCCAACUUUGAUAGUGUUACUGCCAUUGAGAUAGGUGCUGGAACAGGUGAUAAUUGA